AAUCCUCUCUUUUAUCUUCCUUUCUGUUUCCCAUUCUUUUUUCCGUUCUGUUGUUAAAUUAUUGACAUGUAGCAAUUGAAGGGAAGCAAGUGAACUCAGGAUGGGUGCAGAGGCUAUCCAGGACAGGAAGUAGAUGCUAGAAGGUAAAGAUUUGCAGACCGAAAUCACAAAACAAACUUCAUGUGCAGAUAGUGACUAAAUUAACCAAGAUUUGAAUAACCAUUGAGGGAUAAAUGCCCAUUUGUUCUGUCUGCAUCAAAGGUUUUAAAUAUUAAUUUGCCUGGAGAAGCACUGAGACAUACCCUACCACCCCCAAGUUACAGUCUUCCAGUGAACUGACUCUGAAAAAAACUUUAACAUGUGACGCAGCCUGAAAAAGCAUUAUACCAUUCACAGCAGGGAGACACCAUACCUGUGCUCUGCGUGGGUAAGGCUUCAGCUGAUCGUUGAACACUCAGAGACACAACAACACCCAUAACAUGGAGAAACCGUGGAAGUGUGAGGACUGUGGGAAGGGAUUCCAUUCACUGUCAACACUGGAAUUUCAUCGACGUGGUCACAGCAGGGAGAGGCCAUUGACCUGCUCUGAAUGUGGAAAGGAAUUCCCUGAUUCAUCUGCCCUGCAAAAACAUCAGCGUGCUGCCACUGGAGAGAGACCAUUUGCCUGCUCUGAGUGUGGGAAGAAAUUCAGGGAAUAUUUCACCCUGUUGAGACACCAGCGAGCUCACACUGGGGAGAACCCAUCCACCUGCUCGGAGUGUGGAAAGGUGUUCACUCAAUUGUCCAGCUUGCGUGCACACCAGCGAGUUCACACUGGGGAGAGGCCAUUUAGCUGCUCUAAUUGUGGAAAGGAAUUCACUCAGUCAUCACAUCUGAGGAAACAUGAGCAAAUUCACACUGGGGAGAGACCAUUUAAAUGCUCCAACUGUGGGAAACGAUUCAGACAUUCAUCUGGCCUCCAGGUACACCAGCGAGUGCAUACUGGGGAGAGGCCAUUUAUCUGUUCUGAGUGUGGGAAAGGAUUCACUCAGUCAUCACAUCUACAGAAACACAAGCAAAUUCACAAGUGAAUACAAGAGUUGGAACAACUCUUAAUUAGCAACAACAUCCGUGCUGUUGGACAGUAGUUAUGAGACCGUCACCUGCAAACACCCCUCCGUGUCACACACCAUGCUUACUUGGAACAAUAUUCCUUCACUGUCACUGGCUCAAAAUCCUGGAACUUCUCCCUUACAGCAUUGUGAGUGUCCCUACACCACAAGGACUGCAUUUCCAGAAGGCAACUCACUCCCACCUUCUCGAGGAGGACAAUUCGGAAUGGGAAAUAAAUUCUGACAUAGACAUUGAUACUAUAUCCCAUGAACAGAUUUAAAAAUGAGGGAAAAUCACAUCCAAGUCUGAGCCAUGUUCAUUUGGACAGUGGGUUUCUUUCUGCUGCACUGGCCGUCUCACCACUUUGCUUCCAGUGAGGCUGAUGCUUUUGAGCCUGGGAGUGCACAUUACUACUUUAACGAUCCCCAAAAGUUGAUGAAGGAUAUUUAUCCUGGACAGGCGAUAAUUUUGUUUUUUCCCAGUAUAAAAUCUGACUUAAACACAUGAGUCUGCAGCACAGGCCAGGCCAGUCGACUCAGUUAAGCUCUGUCAGAGUUUAGGCUCCACAUGUGUCUUCACCCUCCCCUUUUCAUCUUCCCCAUCAGCAGAUCCUUGUAUUCCAUUCUCCUAUGUAAAUGUGUCCAGCUGCUACCCUGCUCCUUCUCAGGGGUGGAGGCUGAGUGCUUGGAAGAUUUGACAAAGUUGUGGUCAAUAUAUAGGUACGUAAAAUCCCUCUCCUUCAGUCCCUGCCUUUCAUUCUAUCUUUGCACAGAAGCCAGUCUUUUUUGAGAUUCUCUCCCACUCUUUUGUUUUUGUUUUUUUUUUGUUUGUCAUUAGUUUCACAGGAUAUUAGAAGGGAGAGAUUUAUAAUCUAAACAUUACACCUUGAUCUGAUGGAGUUCCCAAUUUAUCAUAAACAGAAUGUCAUCAGAUUUUGAACAUAGAUGGAAAAAGUCCCGUUCACAGUGGAGAGAAAGUGUGCACGUGUUGUGUGUGUGGAGAAGGCUUCAGCCAAUCAUUGGACCUCACAAACCAUGUAUGCAGUCACACUGGGGAGAACCUGUGGAAACGUGGGGAUAUUGGAAGAAAUUCAUUUCCCCAUCUGAGCUGGAAACUCAUCAACACAGUCACACCAGUAACUGGCCAUUCACCUGCUGAGUAUGUGGGAAGGGAUUCACUCAGUCAUCUAACCUGCUGCAACACACUGCUCAGUCACACUGAGGAGAGACUGUUUCAAUGACUGAACUGCAGGAACUGCUGCAAAAAUUACAGGGCGCUGUUGUGCCAUCAUGUAUUCAUACUACGGACAGACCUUUUUGAAUAUCCAAACUGUGGAAAAUGCUAUAUAACAUCCAGGGGCCUGGAGUCCCACCCACGGAUGAGAGACCUUUUAAAUGCUCAAACUGUGGAAAAUGCUUCAAAACGUCUGCGGACCUGUUGUCUUAUCAGCUUUCUCACAUUAAUGAGAGACCUCUUAAAUUCCCAGACUGUGUGAAAUGCUAUGAAAUGACCAGGACCUGAUGUUCAGUCUGAGGAGAGACCAUUCAGUGGCUCACUCUGUAGGACUCGGUUCAGGCAAUUAUCUGACCUUGUGGAGCACCAGCAGGUUCACACUGGGAAGGAACUGUUCACUUGUGCCGAGUGUGGGAGAGGAUUCACUCAAUCAUCCAACCUGAGAUACCAUCAAGUUCACACUGCGCAGAGGAUUUUAAAUGCCCAGACUUCAGGAAGUGCUACACACUCUUCUGAGAACUGACUUAUCAUCAAUGUGUUUACACUGAGGAGACAACCUUUAAAUGUGAGAAUCACAAUUCAAGUUCCUGGGACCUGUUUAUUAUCAAUGUAUUCACAUUGGGUAGAGACCUUUCAAAUAUCUAGUUUGUGGGAAGCACUAUCGAAGUUCUGUGGAACUGACGUCCCAUCAACAUGUUCACAUAACAGGAGACCUUUCAGGUGCUUUCACUGUGGGACUGGGUUCAGGCGAUCAUCUCCAUUCUCAGGACACUGAGUUCACACUGGGAAGAAACCAUUCACUUGUGCCGUGUUUUUAAAAAAAAAGUCAGCUCUUUCAUCCACCCUGCUGAGACAGCAGAGAGAUCACACAUCUCAACAGUGAUUAGACUUUGCUUUCAGUUUCUGAAUGUAAUUAACGGCAAAGUUUUAAUUUUCAGGAUAAAAGUCAAAUAAAUCCGCUUUAUGUUAAA